AUGGCAAGCUCGGCACGACCGGGCAGCAUUUCUGCUGCAUCAACCGCUCCUAUUCAGCCGUCGAGUAAGGCCUCCGCUGCCGCGCCCAAGCUCGACAGCAACAUGGAGAUGGGGAGCAUACAGAACGAGAGCGCUAGGGGAGGAGCUGCAGCCGACGCCCCGGCGCCCGAGGACGACAUUAUGCAGUUUGCUCGCACCGGCGACGUCCCUGCGAUGGAGAAGCUUUUUGAGUCGGGCGAGUUUGACGCUACCUAUGCCGACGACGAGGGAAUCACGCCCCUGCACCCCCAGUGGGCAGCAAUCAACAACCAGUAUGCGAUGUGCAAGUUCCUGAUCGACCACGGCGCCGAGAUCAACAGAAAAGGCGGCGAGUCCAUCGCCACGCCCCUGCAAUGGGCCGCCCAACGAUGCCACUACUACACCGUCAACCUCCUCCUCCAGCACGGUGCCGACCCGCUCAUAACCGACUCCCAAGGCUACAACACCCUCCACAUCUCGACGUUCAACGGCAACGUGCUGCUGCUUAUCCUGCUGCUGCACCAGGGCAUCCCCGUCGACGUUCUCGACAGCUACGGCCACACCUCGCUCAUGUGGGCGGCUUACAAGGGCUUCCCGCAGUGCGUAGACGUUUUCCUGCGAUGGGGCGCCAGCGUGCACGCGACCGACGAGCAGGGGUUCACGGCGCUGCACUGGGCACUCGUCAAGGGUCACCCGGCCUGCAUCCUCAAGGUGGUCGAGUACGGCGCGGACCGCUUCGCCAAGACGGACACGGGGAAGACGCCCGCCGUCACCGCAAGCGAGCUGCACACGGAAAAGGCCUGGCAUAGAGCGCUCAAAGAGUGCGGCUUCGACGAGGAUGGGAAUCCUUCAACGCCCCCCUGGCCUGGCGCGGCGUACUUUCUCAAAGACAAGCGUGCCUUUUUGACCAAGUUCCUCUUUCUCUGGCCGUUUCUGCUUGUGUGGGCAGGCCUGAUGUCGCUAGCGGUUCUGCCUGUGUACUUUGGAAUUCCAGCAGCAAUUGUCAUCGGAUAUGGCCUUACAUUUUGUGCGCAGCAGGUGCUUGAGUAUGCACCGUCAGAUAUGCGCCACUUUCACAAGACGCCGUGGAUGGCUGGCAUCUUUGCCGGCUCGCUCUUCCUGGUUGCCGUCAAUUGGUUCUUCACUGUGCUGCCAUACACCAUGUUUAGAGCCGAGACGACGCAUCUUUUACUUAACCUCAUCUUUGGCGUAUGCAUCUCGCUAACGACCUUCUUUUACGCGGCCUGCAUGCGCUACGACCCUGGAUACGUCCCCAAGAUGAACGGCAUCGCUGAGCAGCGGGCCGUCAUUGACGAGCUGCUCAAGACGUGGAAAUAUGAUGAGACCAACUUCUGCGUGACGUGCAUGAUUCGCACGCCUCUGCGUAGCAAGCACUGUCGUCGAUGCCAGCGCUGCGUGGCCAAGCACGACCACCACUGUCCCUGGGUGUACAACUGUGUCGGCGUCAACACACAUCGUCACUUUUUCUUCUACCUCCUCUCCCUUACCGUCGGCAUCCUCUUUUACAACUGGCUGCUGUGGAACUACUUUACUGGGAUCUCGGUGGAUGCGUCGGACCAGUGCAACGUUCUGAGCCCGGGACUGUGCAAGCUGGUCAACUCGGAUGCCUACACACUGCUACUCGGAGCGUGGAUCACGCUGCAGCUGACGUGGGUGUCGAUGCUCGUCGCGACGCAGCUCAUCCAAGUGUCCCGCGCCAUGACGACCUACGAGAACAUGAUGGGCAUCAACACUGGCCAGAACGCAUCAACGGCAUUCACCUCGACCGGGGCGCCGCUAGACCCGAACCAUCCGGCCAUCUCGACGGCCCCAACCGGCGCUCCCACGGCGGCCAGCCGACAAAAGCAGGGCGGCACUCUGCGGCAAUGGAGCCGGCUGCUGGGCGUGGACCCGUUCAUCGAGACCAUCACGGGACGCGGCGCCGCGACGGGCAAGAACCGGCGCAAGAAGAAGAACCCGUACAGCCGCGGGUGCCUGCUCAACUGCAAGGACUUUUGGUUCGACCCGGCGCCCAUCUUUGGCCAGCGCGACAACGGCACGGCGCUGCUGGGCGGCGACAAGGUCGACUACACGGACAUGUACGAGAGCCCGACGCUGAUGCAGCUGACGGGCAUGCGCGCUAGAGGCGGCUACGAGGCGGUGGCGCCGGAGGAGGAGGUGUAA